GAAAUAAGCUGUGAAAGACUGAUGAGGCGGAGGGAAAAAGACGAAAAAGAAGGAAGGUGAGAAGAAGAGAAAAGUGGAAAGGAAUAUUACUAAUUACGUACUGGAAUAGAGAAGUCACUAAGGAUUUUGUUUUAAAAUGAAAGAAACUAAAGAUAAAAGCAACAAGGACAUAGUCUGAGCGUCCUGGUAUUUUUUUUUUUUUUGACUGUGUCGACUUAGCCUUUGAAAAAUCAAAAUAUUUACAAAGAAGGAAAAGAAGUAAUGAGAGAAAAACAAUAAUAAUGAAGACUUUGCCUGGACUUCAAAGGUUCCGCAGGCCAGGCUCGACUAACGCUGAAGCUCCGCCUCCUACUUCUCUGAACCAAUCAGCGAGCCGAGGAAUCCCGAGCCGAGCCAGCCCCUUCCGCUGAGCCAAUCACCGCGCAGGAAGACAUCUUCCCGGGGACGCGAUUGGCCGGCCGCCGACAGGUCAAGUGACAUAAAGGUGUGAAGUCCUGUUUGCUUCGACACUUCAUCUGACACCUUCAAGCGAUCGUGUGUGUAGCAGUGUACCAUUACUGCACCUUGGACUUACAUAGGAAGUGAUUUAUUAACAGUUUGUGUCGUGAUACAUUCACAAUGCCGCGCCCUUCUCGUGAGAGCUACGGCGACCAGAAGCCGCCGUACUCGUACAUCUCGCUGACGGCCAUGGCCAUCUGGAACAGCCCCGAGAAGAUGAGCACGCUGGCCGAGAUCUACAAGUUCAUCAUGGACAACUUCCCCUACUACCGCAAGAACACGCAGCGCUGGCAGAACUCCCUCCGCCACAACCUCUCGUUCAACGACUGCUUCAUCAAGAUCCCUCGGCGCCCCGACCGCCCCGGCAAGGGCGCCUACUGGACCCUCCACCCGUCCGCCAUGAACAUGUUCGAGAACGGCAGCUUCCUCCGCCGCAGGAAGCGCUUCAAGAUCCCCCGCGACGAGAAGGACGCCCUCGAGGCCGGCAUGACGUCCUUCGGCGGCGGACCGCGGCAGGAGGAGCUGGCGUCAGGCAUGCCCCGCGACCUGGGCCACAUCGCGCAGGAGCUGGGCCAGCACCUGGGCCACCUGGGCCACUUCGCCUCCCCCGCGCCGCCCUCGGGCCCGUCGGCGCCCAAGCGUCAGGCCUUCACCAUUGAGAACCUGGCCACCAGCGACGCCCGUCCCAGCCCGCCCGCCCGCCUCCCUGCCUUCCUUCCUGCCGCCCAUGGGCGUCGGGAUGGGCCAGCAGCACAUCCAGGCGGCCGCCCACUCGCACCACCCCGCCCACCAAGUGGGCGUGAGGUGUACCUCGUGCCCGUCGUGCGUGGGCGCGUCCCUGCCUCAGCUGUACACCGCCGCCCUCGCCAUGAACAUGAGCCUGGCGGCGCCCACGCCCCUGUACCCGAGCCCGCUGCUGCACAGCCUGCGGCCCGACCUGCUGCAGCCGCGGCCGCGCUUCGAGCACGAGCUGAGCCCGCUGUUCGAGCCCGCGCCGGCGCUCGCCAAGCGCGACCCGUACGAGGCGUUCGCGCACAAGUACGAGCAGCCCAUCGACCUGUCGCCGGCGCUGGCGAGGCCGGCGGCGGGCGGCGAGAAGGAGAACGCUUUCCGGUUCUCGCCGCCCGUCAGGACCCUCUGAGGUGCCUCCGAGGCCCUGCGGGAGGCGCCCUCCGCCUCCUCCGUCGGGAGCGCUGAGGUCGCGCGUCCCUCUGGCGGCGGCGCGCGCAACCAGAGCCUGCCACCACCCUGUGAUAAUUGCUCAGCUAUAUCUAUGUAUAUAUUUAUUUGUAUAUAUUUAUCUUAUUGUUAUUAUCUUAUAAUAAUAAAAAUCAAAUUGUA